CCGAGACCACGUUGUGAUGCCGACCGCUAAAAGGAAACCACAUCUUACCCACAGGGGAAAUUUAGGUGACCAGAUGGGAGAAGUUAGGAAAAGGAGUGGAUUUAUAAGCGAAAAAAGCUGCCAGAAAACAACCAGUUUGUUCUUCUGUGUCUCUCUUGGCACUUUUGGCAUAUUGGGAUUGGGAUUCCUUAUUUUGAUUUAUACCUAUUUAGAUUACCUUCAGUUUGGCAGUAGCAGUUUGGUGCAAUUUGCAAAACAAGAUGCAACUUAUGAAAGAGCGUACUAUGAAGUUCCCUGUUCUGAUGAUUACAAGAAAGAAACUAAAUUCAUUGAUUGUUUGCCCAAAAAAUGUGGCAGGGUUGUUGCGGACAACUUGUUAACUGAUGAAGAAUCUGAUGCUCUGUUAAGAAUUGGCAUGAAAGGACUAGCUUUAGGCGGCUCAAGUGGAGGUGCAUCAAUAUUAGAUUUGCAUUCCGGUGCUUUGUCAAAAGGAACAGAGUAUAUCAACAUUUUUGUGAUGUUGAAAAGGAUGAAGGAAGACCUUUUUACAGAAGAGGAUUUUAUUUUGUACAACAAUGUAAAGAACAGGAUUCAUCAGACCAUUGCCAAAGAAUUCAACAUUCCAGCCAAAAAGUUGUUUUUAACAAAACCAACAUUUUAUUCAAGAAUGACAACCAUUCCUGCUCAGACUAUACAUGAUGAGUACUGGCACCCUCAUGUUGACAAGGAAACCUACGGCUCUUUCCACUACACAUCACUCCUGUAUUUGACCAACUAUGGUAAAGAUUUCACAGGGGGAAGGUUUAUAUUUGUUGACAAAGCUCAAAAUAUGACUGUGGAACCCAGAAAAGGGCGGGUGUCUUUUUUCACGUCUGGAUCUGAAAACCUUCACCAUGUAGAAAAAGUGGAAUCUGGGACUAGCAGCAGGUGGGAGGAAACUGUGUAGAGCCCACUGGUGAACAGAGUUUUGUGGCCCAUUUCUAACAUGAGAUUCCACUUUGAGGAAUGGAGGGGGAAUAACUGCAAGUACAUUGUAGAACAUGUCUAUGACUAAACGCAAAGAAAACAAUGACAUGAAGUAUGUAUCACAAGAAAGACAAUUAAACUGUUAGGGAAAAUAGUCUGUUGCACAUUUUUUUUAGGAUUUUUCCAUCCAAGUUAAAUGGGUUUUAAAUUAUCAGGCCCCAGGAUUACGAAGUGAACUUACACUUGUCAAAAUUGCAAUAAUUAAACUUGGUACUGUUAUUUUAGCUGAAAUUUGUUUUACAAUAAUUUGUCCAGAAUUUUCACUGUCAAGCAGUAUUUUGACCUUGUUAAUUAAGAAAUAACAAUUUUAAAAUCAUUUGAAAUUUUGGCUUAAGUCUAAGAUGGCUUCUUGAUCCCAAGGUCAGAUUCUACUAUGGUUUGUAUUGACCCAGAAGGUAUUACCGACGUCACAUCCAUAUUUUUUGCUUGAAAUAUUUCAAGAUCUAUUCAGUGAACACAUUCAUCGAUCUAUAUCUAUAUGCUUGUAUAAUGAUGAAAUCCAGCAGCCUAUGUAUGUUAAUUGGCAAAAACCUGAUGUGGCAUCAGUGAUCCCAUUAUGGUCCAAAAAGACCACUGUCGAAUCCAAAGUUUCACAUGCAUUUUACUGGGUUAAGAAAAUCUGACAUACUUCACAUUUUUGUGUUUUGUUUACUUAUUUAUUUGAUUGGUGUUUUACGCUGAAGUAAACAAAAAUUCACUUAUACAGUAUUAUGGUGGAAGCCAAGGAAACCAGGCAGAGCCUGAAAGACACUCACAGCCAUCAACAGGUUGCUGCAGACCUUUCCAUGUAAAGCCAGAGAGUUGGACUUGAACUCACAAUGACCACAUUGGUGCGAGGCUCCUGGGUCUUCAUGCCACACUGGCAUGCUAACCACUGUGGCAACAGAGGGCCCCAUUUGUGUUUUGUUUCCUUUAAGUUGAAAGAUUUGUCAGGUAACUGAGGUCACUGAUCUACUCUAGGCACUCCAGUUUCAUCCGCCCAUAAAUCUGAUUGUAAAUCAUUAAUUUAUUUGCUGUGAGCAUUGUGAUUUCUGUCAUGCCUUAAGUCAAGAGUGCUAGUUCUGUGGUUUCCUCAUGGCCCUGAGGUGUGGGCUGAGGUCAGUGUUGACUUCCCUGGGAUCGUGUUUAUGUUGUGCUGAAUUCCCUAUCCCAACGUUAACUGCCUUCGACAUGAUCAGAGCGAGAGUCUAUCUGGUAAGGUGCAAAUCUCACUCCACAGUGUGGCUUCAUCU